UAGUUAUAUAUCCAAUGCUCCAACUGUUAUGGAUAAAAAGAAAUAAAAGUUGAAUACAAACAAUUAAGAAAAAGUCUUUUAAUGCAGUUGUUGUGGGUCUUGUUUUUAGCGUUUCUUUUUCUUUUUCUCCUUAUUUUCUAGGAUGAGAAUAAUAGAGCUUCUAUUUUCUUUUCUUUGUUUAUUGUGGCUGAGAUCUUUCUUUAUACUGAUGUGUCCUGUUAUUUUGGCUAGUUUCUCCUACCCCAUUUGAUAAAAGGAAAGAUUCUUCUUGAAAUUAUUUAGAUGCACAUGCUCUGUUCCCAUAGGCUAUCUCCUUGAAUAUUCUUCUUUUAAUUUGAAUAUAUCUGAGAUUUCUUUCUUAUAUAUACCCAGAGCAAUUCAAGUUUUAUAUCUUUCUCCCAAGUUUAGUGCUUUAUAAUUUUCAUCAGUUGAGCCCUAAUGGAGAGCAAUAAUGAACGAGGAUCUCCUGAGCAACUUCCAACCCUUUUCAAGCAAAUAUCGUCUGAAGUAGUUUUCGGUUUCGACACCAUCCCAAGUCCUCGGCCAGAUUCUGCGGUUGAUGUAUCCGAAGCUGCAAGUAUCAAGAACGAAGCCAAUGAUACUAUCACUAUUCCACCAAUUUCCCCCUUCCAAUCUUCUGAUCAUGGCAGGAAUCACUCUAUUUCAAUCAGCAUGCCAAGCUCUCCUACUUCUCUCAACAUUGAAGAAACCAAAAGUAAAAGUGUCCGAUUACUCGAAGGUCCUGUAAUAAAUGGAAAUGUUGAGCAACCAAGUACUUAUUCAAGCCCUCUUCCCCCAAAAAAGUCUCGGUUUUAUUCUCAACCGAUGCAAUCGGGGCUUUCCCAGACAAACACAGUAGCAGUUGAUAAGAAUCAAUAUACUCCUCGGACAAUAUUGAGGAGUAAUGCGAUGAAGGACAAACGUUUUGAUUCUUUUAAGACCUGGUCUGGUAAACUAGAGAGGCAAAUUUCGACUUUACGUGGAAAGCCGUUGACUCCUGAUGCUGCUGAGACUUCGGAAAUUACUCAAGCUGAAGAUCUUCCUGCAGUUCAUCGAUACUUUGAUGCGUUAGAGGGGCCAGAGUUAGAAACUCUCAAGUCAUCAGAAGAACUGGUUCUUCCUGGAGACAAGACAUGGCCGUUCCUCCUCCGAUUCCCGAUCUCAUCCUUCGGUAUGUGCCUCGGUGUCAGUAGCCAAGCAAUCCUAUGGAAAAACUUAGCAACGUCGCCCUCCAUGAAGUUUCUGCAUGUAAGCCUGGACGUCAAUUUGGUCCUUUGGUGCGUCGCGACCGCUCUAAUAUGUGUCAUCGCCUCAAUCUACGCCCUCAAAAUCAUCUUCUACUUCGAAGCGGUUAGAAGAGAAUACUACCACCCGGUUCGUGUCAACUUCUUCUUCGCUCCGUGGAUCACUUGUCUAUUUCUAGUAAUUGGAGUACCGCCAAAAGUCGCGGUUAACCUACAUUCAGCUGUAUGGUACGUGUUGAUGGCGCCAAUAUUUAUCCUUGAGCUGAAAAUUUACGGACAGUGGAUGUCUGGCGGUCAAAGGAGGCUAUCGAAAGUGGCUAAUCCAACAAACCAUUUGUCGAUUGUUGGUAAUUUUGUGGGGGCUCUGCUUGGGGCAACGAUGGGGCUUAAAGAGGGACCGAUAUUUUUCUAUGCGGUUGGUUUGGCUCAUUAUGCCGUGUUGUUUGUGACCUUGUAUCAGAGAUUACCCACGAAUGAGACGCUACCGAAAGAGCUUCAUCCGGUGUUUUUCCUGUUUGUGGCGGCCCCUAGCGUUGCUUCCAUGGCGUGGGCGAAGAUUAGCGGAGGGUUUGCUUAUGGGUCAAGGAUCGCUUAUUUUAUCGCCUUGUUUCUUUAUUUUUCUCUGGCAGUUCGGAUCAAUUUCUUUCGAGGAUUCAAGUAAAUAUCCUAAACCACUCCCUGAUUCAA